AUGGCGUCGCCCACUCAAAAACAUCAUCACAAUGUCUCCAGAUCUUCACGACCCCGCAGCUCAACACGGGGACCCUUAGAUGAAUUGGACGAUCCCCUGGCAUCAUCGAAUAUGCCAAACUCUCCAGAAACAAGCAAACAAGGAUUCUCCGGCAGCGACCACUUCUCCGGCAACUCCUUUCACGAACUAGAUCCACUGGCCCCCGAUGACUUACCAGAGACGCUUGGAAAAGAUCUUUCAUUUCUCCUACGACACAGUAUCUUUCACCCGCUUUCUCAAAUUGAUAUUCCCUCUCCGUUACGCUCCGAGUUCCUUGUCCUCGACCCCAGCGAACCGCUAUCAGCAUCUCUCAGCGUUCUAGAGAAAUUACUGGUGGAAGGUCGCUUCUUAAUCGCUGCACACUUCGCAGGCUCAAUCCUGACAUCCUCUUUGAUUUCUCCUACGGACAUUAGAAUUAUCUUCUCCUUGUUCUACACCCGCUUAGCCUGUCUGGAACUAUCUGGGAAUACAGUCCUGGCAGCCCAGGAGUCCAAAGCUUUGGAGGAUCUGAACUCUGCCUUUUACUUUAUUGACUCGAGCUUUGAUUCACCUGAAACUGAUGGAAAACAUGAACACACUCCUCGCCAUAUCGUCCCCUGGCCGCUUCGCGUCUUGGCUGUCAGACUUCAAAGCAUCGGAUUCGGCGACUCGCGCAGGAGUAUUGGAGGUCUAUAUGAGCUAGGAAUGGAAGCACGGCGGAAGGUUAUGAGACCCGAAACCGACGAUGCUACAAGAAAGAUCUGGAGAGAGCGACUGGCAGAUCUUGGGAUAAGAACCGUCAAUGCGUUGGUAGAGAUGGGUGAUCUUGAUGCGGCGAAAAGAUCGCUUGAAAGUCUGCGGGAGUCUGGACCCGAGUCCGAUAUCAUGAAAUUAAGGAAGGGGCUUUUGUUCCUACGAAUUGGUGAUAUUGAUGCUGCCGAGCGGGUUUUCGGCGAUACUCACGACUCCAAGGAGGCAGCACUGUUACAACCACUCCUUAGCAUGUCCGAUGGUCGGUAUGGCGAUGCAGUAACUGAGUGGCGUUCUCUCCAAGGAGAUAAUACGAGAACGGACGGGGGAUUGAUCGCACAGAAUCUGGCCGUGUGUCUUCUCUACACCGGCAAGCUGAAUGAGGCACGCGAACUCCUGGAGUCUCAGAUCUCGGCCAACCACUCAUUUGGAAGUCUCAUCUUCAACCUGUCAACGAUCUACGAGCUCUGCUCCGACGGUGCUGGACAAUUGAAAGCGCAGCUAGCAGGCACUAUCGCCAAUCAACCGGUUUCAGGACAGACCAACCUGGACCGAUCAAACACAGACUUUAAGCUAUGA